GAGCUCGGACGUGAAAAGACGUGUUGUCGAUUCUCCGAACGCUCCUCUCGCGUGUGCUUAAAAUCGCGAGUGUUUUAAUAUCCUCGAUUAAAUUUCUUUGAUUUUACUAGGUGAAGUUUUGAUAUGUGUUCAGUUUAGUGUUUGAAUACGUUGGAUUGUUUUUAAAGUGACAAUGUGGUCUGGCAAGAAGCCCGAGGGAGGCCCCGGGUCUCCCACCGAAGAGGAGAUCAAAGUGGUCUUGGUGGGAGACACGCAAUGCGGGAAGACCUCGCUGGUGCAGAGGUUCGUCUCCGACACAUUUAUUGAGGCGUACAGUCCGACGGGCUUCGAGAAAUACGGCUACACGUGUACAGUCGCCGAUUUCAGAGUCAACUUCUCCGUUUGGGACACGUCGGGAACAGCCUCGUACGACACGGUCAGGCCGCUGGCGUACCAGGACGCCAAGAUCUUCAUGCUAUGCUUCAACGUAGCCGAGCCAGAAUCACUCCACAAUGCUGCAGCCAAGUGGUACAGAGAAGUUCGUACGCACGGCGGUUCAGCUCCUGUACUCCUCUGCGGCUGCAAAGCUGACCUUCGACACGACAAAGAGACCCUGACCAUGCUGUCCAAGCUUAAAGCACACCCUGUCACAAGCGAAGAGGCAUUAGGCGUAGCGAGACAGCUUGGAGCCACGACUUAUGUGGAGACCUCGGCGCGAGCGUCCAGCAAAGGCGUCAAAGAUGCCUUCGAAGUGGCCGCCUUUGCCGCGCUGGGGAAACUGAACAAACAGCAAAUGAAACAACAAGUGAGUCAAGUGGGCCGCAGCAAAAGCAAGCGCGACCUGAAGGCAGAGCUGAAGGGGCGCGCCAAGAGCUGCUGCGUCAUGUGAUCCGGGGCCGGCCACCCCUCGCGGUGGCCGCACGACGUCUAAGCCAUCGCGAACGCUUCUAGAUAAAGCCUAAGCGCCGUUAGGAAGAAAAAAGCUGCAAAGUUAAGCGCCGUUAGGACGAAUUCAGACGAUAGAGAGCUGCAAAAUGUUUAAAAAAUGUGGUCAUAACUUUUGCCCAAGACGUCUUGAGUACUCUUGAGCAUUCGUACGCAGGUCUAAGCGCCAAAUGCGAAGAAUUCAAACGUUAAAUAGCUGGAAAAUAGCAAAAAAACGAGGCCAUGAUUUCUUGAUACAUAUGUAAAAUUCUAGAAGAUCGAGGCUAUUGCUUUUUUCCAAAGCCUGGGUCUUGAGCAUUUUUGACUGACGGUGAGUCGGUGACAUCGUCAUUCUUGGUCUGAUCAGUGAUGUUAAUAACCUUUCCUGAUGCUAUCAAAAUCUUUGUUUGAAAUGUUGGCUCACAAAUUAAAUUUUAACGUGUGAAAACUUAAGUUUGACUUUGAUAUUUCAAGUUUGGAAUGUAAAUUAGGUAAUUUAAGAAUUCAAUGUAUAAAGUUAGUUAAGUAUUGGCGUUUGCCGUUUCGACGAUUGGAUGGACUUCCUUGAGAAAUAUCAGUGAAACGAAGGUGCAAUCUAAGAAGCUAUUUGGGAGUAAAAGGAGCCUGUGAUAAUCUAUAAUAGGAAAUUCGUAAACGAAACUCUGUAGGAGGAACAAUUAUAUCGUGGGCGCUUAAACCAUAUUUUUAGUGUGCUUAAAGUUAAGGUUAAGCGACGACGAUAGUCGUUCUCUUCUCGAAAAGAGUCGAAGAAAUUUUAAUAGGAUGGUUUGAGGCACAUAGGCGCUUUGUCAGUGAAAUUAAAAAAAGUAGAAUCCUGUCUAAAAAGUGUUUUUCUAGAUAUGAGACACAUUCGUUUUGUCGCUUAGAGGUUUUGUGUACCUCAACGUUGUUGGAGCGGAGAAAAAAUCUAAAGCGUCAAAAUAAUGCAAAGUACCUCUUGCCUAGCAAUGUCACGUGAAUUAUGUAAUAUGUAAAUAUACGAACGGUUAAAGUGUUGAACGCAAAAUACCUAGUUCGUAAAACUUGUUUAAAUCAAAAAGGUACUGAAAUUUUAUUUAAAUGUCAUAGAAAAGCGACAGCGUAAUAUUCUAAUGAAAAAUGUAAAAAGAUAAUAUGUAACGGAAAAUAAGUGUUUUCAUAUACAAUAAAUAUAGAUAAAAUACUUAGUGUUUUUCUAUUAUAACUAGCAUUUUCAAAUUGGUGUAUAGCUAUAAAAAUUACGAGUUAUAUUUUUUUUUUGUAGGACCAACGUUUUAUGCGCUGUAUAAUAAAUUGGUAGAAAUCCUCCUAAGGCCCAGCCAUACAAAAGAAAAAUCCAGAAUUGGCCACUGAAAUUUGACCCUUUAGUGCAGGGAAUAAAGUUGAUUUUGGUUUUGUUUUAAAAUUGAACGACACAAAACAAAUGCGACUCUGUUCCAAUUGAAUAUGAUUUAAAUUUCAUCGAACUGAAUAAGUACUAUAGGUAGGACCUUGGGCCUUAGGAGGAUAUUAAAUGUGGUUGUUUGUCGAUGCGAAGCGUUUUCUUAUAGUUUGUGAUAUACAUACGUAAAAUAAUUAAAAUUAUGAUGCACAAUGAUGGACAAUACAAUUAAAUGAUGGUCCAGGUGUAGGUAACCACGUCCAUGUUUGCUACGUUAGAUUUUGUACCGUAACGAUGUUAAAUUUAGUCUUUGAUGCCUGCGACUCAGUGCAUUUCAGAUUUUUUAUUUGUUGAUUUAAUAUUUUGUGUAAAUAAACCUCAGUCAUAGCCUCAACAAAUACUUCUUCUUCUUCUUUUAUAAUUUUAAUAUGUUUGUCGUAAUUGAAUGUACCUUACCUACUCGUAUGCAUGCAAAAUAGGCAUACUACAAUAACAUUUUUACUAAAGCAAAAAAAUGUGUUAAGUGACAAAAUAAGUGUGGAAAAUGCCUGUUUUUAGAUCUAAUGACAAGCUAUCGACAUAGCUACAAUGAAAAAAAGAAUUUUCAAUAAUUAUAAUUUUAUUUAAGUAAACUUUAGCCCUGAUCGUUAUUACUUUUGUUUUGAUUAUUUUUCAUGUAGUUAGUCGAUAACAAGCUUUAAAUUCAAUGUUAGCUUUAAUUACUGGGUAAUGUUAUGUAUACCUAUUUAAAUAUAGUUGUAUCGAGGAUAUUGCUUUUUUAACUUAAUCAUAGUUUUCAUUAGAUGGUUCUUUAAUUGUUAAAAUAUUUACAUAUCACAAUACAGCUACAUUCUUAAAUAUUAAGUUUAUCGUUUUUAAAUUUCUCGUCCCUAUAACGUCGCAAAUCGCAACAUGACAAAAUGGUUUAAAAGACAUUUUACAGUUACUGAUAAGUGAUAAGUAAUAUCAAAAGUUUAUCCGAUCACAGUUAGGCGCCAAUAAAUCAAAUAACUUAAAUAUUCGUCCAAUUUUAAAUUAACAAUUCUUUUAAGCGCCAUUUUUAUAGUAUAUUAAAUAACGUCGCUUAAACCAUUUUGGAUUUCUUGUACGAUUGAAAUUUCAAUGCAAUCUAGUACUAAACUCUUCACUAAAUUUUCAGAAACAUAGGGUUACUUUAGCUAACGGUUUAACCGUUGCGUUUAAAAAUAAAAUUAUAUAACAUCAAUUUUAAUAAAGUUAUAUAAAAAACAAAUUUGCCUUAGGCCUUGCUAAUUGUUUGGUAACAAUCUUCGUGUAAUUUAAAUUCUUAUAUUUUUAGAUAGAAUUCAAUAUAAGUUAUUAAUGUUAUUAUAAUAUAUCUAUAAUUUAUAUAAAGUUAGUUUAAUAUACUAAUAGAGCGGUGAUCAUAGUGUACAAUACGAAUUGUGUCGGGUCUCGGAAAAGGCACGUUUGGGUGAUUGUAUUAAUUAUCAUAUUUAAGACCCUUAUGGUCUUAUUCUACCCUAAAGUACCUUUUUCUAUGGUACGUCACAAUCACGUAGUUUGAAAUAAUGAUGUGCCGUCGCAAAUUGUUCCUAAAAUUGCGAAAUAACCACAUUAAAAAAUCUCGGAAAAUCUCAUAUUAGGGAAUAAAUUUUCGGUUUCUAAAUAGAAAGUUUCCUUAUUUCCUAUAACAUUUCUGAAAAUAUUUCCAACUUUUUUGAAACUUUCCACAACUUGAACAACUGUAGUUUUAACAGUAUUGUAACAGUACGAAAGCUCUAAUAUAUUGCUGACUGUACCCCUAACCCCUAGUAAUAUACCUAUGGCGUCAUAUUGGAUGCGGAUGCACACCGCUCAUGUGUGCGAGCAGGACACCGCUGUACACUUGCAUAGCGCUGUCUUGCUCACACACCGAAGCGUCUCUUAAUGUACACAAGUUUUAUAUUUUAACAGUUGUUGGAACUCUGCUACUUUGGAUGUUGUCUCUAGACUAUCAAAUAUAGCGUUCAGUGUUUUUG